CAACCAGCAAUCUAUCGACAGGUGCUCCGUGACGUCACCGCCAGCUCAGGUGCUGGGCGGAACGAUUUCUCCCGGAUCUCGCAACUGGGGGAGCUGCUGGGUGUGUUGCACGGGUCGCCAUUUCUGUGGGUUGAGUGGUGCGCGGCCUGUUUUGGUCCGGCGCGGCGCGGUUUUUGGCGGCGGCGGCGGCGGCCCGGAGAUGGAGUUCGCGGAGCUGAUUAAGACUCCGCGGGUCGAUGGUGCCAUCCUUCACCGACCCUUCCUGCCGAGGGUGGAGGGCACGCUCUGCCUGACCGGCCACCACCUGAUACUGUCGUCCCGCCAGGACAACAGUGAGGAGCUGUGGCUGCUGCUCAGCAACAUCGACGCCAUCGAGAAGAGGUUUGUGGGAACAUUAGGUACAAUUACGAUUAAAUGCAAAGAUCUGCGUAUUAUCCAGCUGGACAUCCCUGGCAUGGAUGAAUGUCUAAAUAUUGCUAGUUCUAUUGAGGCUUUAUCCACUUUGGAUUCCACUACAUUAAUGUAUCCUUUCUUUUAUCGACCGAUGUUUGAGGUCUUGGAAGAUGGAUGGCAUUCCUUCCUUCCAGAGCACGAGUUCACUUUGCUUUCUGCGAUGACAGAUGAAUGGCGACUUAGUUACGUUAACAAAGAUUUCACUGUCUGUCCAUCCUAUCCUCCCAUUGUCACGGUGCCAAAGUCAAUUGAUGACGAGGUUCUGAAAAAAGUUGCUACAUUUCGUCAAGGUGGUCGCUUCCCUGUCCUUAGCUACUAUCAUAAAAAGAACGGAAUGGUAAUGAUGCACAGUGCACAACCAUUGACUGGAACCAAUGGAAGAAGGUGCAAGGAAGAUGAGAGAUUGAUUAAUGCCACUCUACGGGCAGGGAAACGUGGUUAUAUAAUUGACACCAGAUCAAUUACUACUGCUCAGCAAGCGAGAGCCAAAGGAGGUGGCUUUGAACAGGAAGCACAUUAUCCUCAGUGGCGACGAAUUCACAAGUCCAUUGAGAGGUACCACAUUCUUCAGGAAAGUUUAAUUAAACUGGUUGAAGCUUCUAAUGACCAAUCCCACAACAUGGAUAGAUGGCUGAGCAAACUGGAGGCUUCCAGCUGGUUGACCCACAUAAAAGAAAUAUUAACCACUGCUUGCCUGGCUGCACAGUGUAUUGACAGGGAAGGUGCAUCUGUAUUGGUUCAUGGCAGUGAAGGGAUUGACUCUACUUUGCAAGUCACCUCUCUUGCCCACAUUAUCCUAGAUCCACAGUCGAGAACAAUUAAUGGAUUUGAGGCCUUAAUUGAGCGUGAAUGGUUGCAGGCUGGCCAUCCAUUCCAGCAACGGUGUGCUCAGUCAGCCUAUUCCAAUUCCAAGCAGAAGAAUGAAGCUCCUGCAUUUCUCCUCUUUUUAGAUUGCUGCUGGCAGAUCCAGCGCCAAUUUCCAUGUUCGUUUGAGUUUAAUGAACAGUUCCUAAUCGUGUUGUUUGAACACGCUUAUGCCUCUCAAUUUGGGACCUUCUUGGGUAAUAAUGAAAAUGAAAGGCGCAAACUAAAGCUUCAGCAGAAAACUGUCUCUCUAUGGUCUUGGGUGAAUAGACCAAAAGAGCUGGAAAAGUACUUGAACCCUCUCUAUGAAGCAAACAGCUUAGUCAUCUGGCCUUCAGUGGCACCACAAAGUUUACAGCUUUGGGAAGGUGUAUUUCUCCGAUGGAAUCGUUCUUCAAAAUACCUGGAUGAGGCCUGGGAUGAAAUAAUUCAUAUUAUUGAGUAUAAUAAGGAUUUGCAGGCAAAAGUAAAUGCACUUCGACGUCAGCUAGCUGAGCUACAAACAGAAGAUGGAGAUCUUGAAAGUCCUUGAAAAAUAUUGCAGAUUUAUAAAUUAUUACAUUUACUCCAUUGAAAAAAAGUAACAUUUUGUAUAUGAUGCUGUGCAUGUAUUAAUCCUUAAGUAUAUUUGAACAUCAAGUUCUCUCCAGUAGGAGGAAAUUUAGACGAAUCCUUGCUAUUAGUUACAUGGUAAUAAUUCAGAUGCCCCGAAAACAGCUUUUGAGGAGGAAUAUUUUUCAGUACGGUUUUAAAGUAAAAUCUGCAAAUCAAGCUGCUAACCAUCCAAUUUCAGGAUGGAUUAAUCAGAAAAAUAUUGCACAAGUAUUGAAAUAUAAUUCCUUAUAUAACCUUGCCUGUGUAUUUCCACUCUCCGUCUUAUUGUACUGUCGCUGCUGUUUACUAGGCCCUAUCCUUAUGGAAGGUGUGAGCAAAUCACUGAUUGUGGGAGCAGUUAAAUAAUCAAAUUAUUAAAUUAGAAGGAUGACUGAAUUAUUGAAGCAUUUAUUGAAUUUUGUAACACAUUGAGAAUUUGUCAAAGUCUGCUAUUGUAUAAUUUAAAAAUUAACAUUCAGAAAUAGCAUCUUUUUUUUAGAGAUGUAUUUUCACAUGCGAUAACGUAUGUCAAAAUGGGAGCGUGUAAUUUAAAGUAGAUUAAUGUACUUCAGGCCAUGAAUCUUUGGCAGAUGCAGAGGAAAUUACUAAGUUUAGUUUAAUAUUGCCAUCGGUUAUUGCACUUAGAUGUAUCUGUACUUUGGUUGAAAGAAAACUACUUUCCUUGGAAAUUAUGACCUGACCAGAAGCUACUGAAACUUACUCAUGUGGAAACAUUGCACCUACUACAUGUCACGAGUAAUGAUUUCUGCUAACAGUGCCAGAUUGCUAUUAAUAGAUCUGCAGGCCUAUUUGUUAUCACUUGAAGCCUUAGAAACACUCAUCCUAAUGCUUAUUAUACUAAAAUAUGGAAGAAAUGAGAGACAAUGAUGAGCUCGAUUCUGAUUCUAUUCAAUGGCAAGUAAAAUUUUUUUGAGCAAAGUGAAUUAUGCAAAUUAUUAUUAUUAUUAAGUGCAUUUAUAAUGAAAUGAUCAGCUUAUUUUGAUUUGAAAUGGAAGAGGACCAAUCUAGCUGCAAAGUUGGAAUGUUUUUGUUUAACAGACAAAAAUAAUGUUAAAAUUAUGCAGGAAAAAUACCUCCCAAGAAUAUUAACACUUCUUCAGAUGGGCAAAAACAUCUACAUACAUGGAUGUAAUCUAUUUCUGGAUUGUGGUACCAUUGUUUGCACUUUAUGAAGAAUAUACUUCAGUUAUAUCAUUGUCAGGUGGUAACUUUACUCUAUGAAAUUAACCUCUCAUGUUAAAUGUAUACCAAGAAAUUAUAACUACUAAGUAGAAUAUGUUCACAAGACUUAAUGGUUGCUUAUUUAUAACAGACCACUGAGUUGCACAAUUCAAGUAUGUCAUUUUUUGCUGAAGGAACUGUAGUUAAGUGAAUUUGAAAAUACACUAUAUGCCCACUUCUACCAAACAAUCAUUUCCAGUCUUUAUUUGAACUAGCACUUUAACGUUCUAACAGAAAAGUCCUUACUGAAAUUUUAACCUGCAUAUGCUUGUUAUUCUUUGUUGGCAUCGUUCCUGUACAAAUUAACAUUUGAAAUGAUCUUGAAGUAAUUGUUGCUGAUAAAGCAGAGAAGUUGGUGUAGGAAAUUAUGACACAAUGCAUCCUUCCUUAUCUGUGCAGAUGCUUGUUUGGAUACUUUGCUGAUCAUUGGAUGAAAUAAUUAGGGCAGCUUUUUAAAAGUAUAUUUAUGUCUUUGUUACACUACAUUAUUAAAAUUAGAUAUUUUGGAGGUUAACACAAAGUCUGUGAUAUCAGAUGUCCUUGGAUGUUUUUAAUUGUUUUGGCCAGUCUAUUACCUUUACUAUUUUUUUUGAAAAUUCUGAAUUGGAUAAAUGCUUGACUAGUUCCAGAAAGUUUGGAUCCAUUUUUAGCAUGGGAUAGUACCAAUGUGGUCAUAUCAAUAGAGUUGUGAGAUAUUAAUAACAUCUUCAAACCUCAACUGUAAGGCGAGUGGCUUUUUAUUUACAAACAACCCCCUUCACCUUGAAACCCCACCACCUCAUCCAAGGGGGAAAAUAGCCUCUUCCUUCGUGGAGCCAGUUCAAUUGAGGCCAGUUUUGAGAUCACAGUAGUCUACUGCCAGGUAACUUUUGAAGUUAGUGUGACUGUUGCUGAUACAAUUUUGUGAGGAACUGCAUUAAUGCUUUUACAAAAUAACUUCAAGUUCUCCAUUUAUAUUCAAUUAAAGAUAGAUGCAAUUCAAGUACUGAUGGGUAUGUAAUUUUUGCCAAUGGCAACGUGAUUUUGAAACUGAUGAUGUGAGUGCUGAUUCUUUUAGAUUGCUUCAGGAAGAUAUCACUUGCUGUUCUGAUGGUUGCCCCUUUGGCUUUCUUCCAUAAUUGAAGCUUGCUUAUCAGUGUCAAUAGAGAAUCUUUAAAAGGAUGUAAUUUUUUUCAAUAAUUAAUCUCUAAUGGACUGGAGUAAUUAGCAUUUAAAUGUUCUGUCAAUAUUUAUGGUUGUGAAGCAUUUUGUGCUAAAUUCAGAAAUCCUGUUUAAAUCAUUUUGUAGUACUGUAUGGCCAAUGUAGUACAUGUAUAUGAAAACAGCUGACUUCAAUCUAUCUGAUUAUGUGAACCAGAUGAUAUGUAGGUAAUGCAAUAUUUGAAACUCAUGCAAAUUCAGUCUUUCUGCAAAUUCAACCAGGUGUUUACUUCACUUAUGUGAAAAUUUAAAAUAUAAGGGUAUGAAAUUUGUUCAAAAUACAAGCUAUGCUGUGUGAAAUGUUAUCAUUGGUUAAGUCCUGUCUAAAUUAUGCAAUGCAUGCAUUGGCUUGAAAUGUAAUUCUUUUGACAUUAAAUGUUUUAAAUACA